UUGAAAAUUAAUUUCUAGACACACAGACCCGAAUCAGGAAACAAUGGUCACUGCAGACUCCAUGUUGGCGUUGAUUAGGGCUUGUAGGACUUCUUUUAGAAACUCUCACGACAAAAUAGCAUUCGCUGUUCACGCUUCCUUUCUCGCCUCUGGAUGUAUUCUUGUUGCCACUGGGCUUCCUGCUUUCUCCGACACUGUUUUGUCCUCUCCUUCUACAGAUGAAGUUGGGAUGGAGUGCAACGGAAGACGCUUAUGCUUUCCUCUACAGCAAAGAGGAAAACGGUGCCAAGAAAUUGGUCUUAGUAAAAUGUUUGCGAUGGGGGUUAAAUUGAUUGUGGAUGCACUGGUCGUGGGAGGUGGAGACGAGAAACGAGUCAACCUCCAAAUCGAUGUUUUACAAGUAUGAUGGGGGAAGUGAGAGCACUAACUAUUCUGACAUGUAUAAGAAUUUUGAGGAGCUUGUGAGUAUGUUGAAUUCCAUUAUUCUGGCUAAAUUGGAUGAAUCAUCGACGUCUAACGGUUUAAGCAGGGCAAAAGCAAGUGAACAGUGGGAAGAUAAAUCGCAUGAUCAAGGGGUAGGUUUGGUUGAGCCUCGAGGCUCUCAACCAUAUCCUUCAUGGUGUUUUCUCCUGAAAUUCUGUC